AUGACCGAUGUUGAAGGCCUUGACUCUGUUGAUUCUUUUGCCAACAAAACCACUUCUCAAGUUCGUGAAGACAUCAAAUCCAUGCGAAGAGCUCCUGAUCCCAACAAUCCAAAUGCAACUAUCCGAGUCACUGCUUGCAAAGCGAUGACUAUCCAUUGUAUCUCCAAAUGUGGGAAGCUCCUCAUUUUGGUUCAGAGAACCCAUACACCAGCCCUUGGAACCAUCCCAAAUCUCCUUUUUAUUCAAUUCUAUGAUGAAAAUCCGGAUCUCAUGGAAGGGGACUCUCACCAGUUGGAUUUCGGUUCUGGCGGACAUCAGACAAGCGACAGGCUUGUCGUCGUCCAAACCGAUUGA